CCUGAAGUCUACCGUGGACAAAUCAAUUGAGGAUUGAGUCCGUGUGGAAGUACGCUCUAAGGUCUGGGAAAACUUCUGUUAGCGCUGCUAUAUUCAUGACAUUUGGCAGUGGCAGACACUCGCUGGUAUCCUGCAUACCUACUCCCCACACUUCCUCCCUCACAGGGGCCCUGAGAGAAGGAUUCCAAGAAUCUUGACAUGUUCAAGGCAGUACUGAAGAAGAAUAGGGAUGGAGGCAGAGGGAGCAAGAAGGAUUCAGGUGAAGUUCCCAGCCACAGUGCUCAAAGAAGAUUUCCACCUGAAGAGUCCAGCAGUGGUCACCUAAAUGCACGAGAUGAUGUUUUCAUGCUGGGGUUUAGCAAAGGAGUCUCCAUGUCUCUGCCGUCCUCACCUCUGCUGCCACGUCAAUCUCACAUGAUGCCUUUACGUCCCAGCAAGAGAUCUCCAGGUCCGAUCAGGAAGCCCAAAUAUGUUGAGAGUCCUCGGGUUCCGUCUGAUGCCUUGGGGUCAUCUCUGAGGAAAGUGUCCGAUAAGAAAUCCUCUCAUAAUGACCUACAAGCGGAGCAACAGCCAAGCUCCUCCUCUCCUGCCACUCAGGAACUGAUGACAAGAUUGGGAUUUUUACUUGGAGAAGGGAUCCCGGGUACGGCACACAUACCUAUGGACGACAAGAAUGAAAAGAAGUCCUCCCUGACCUGCCAGGGCAUCAGCCCCUGCUCAACACUGACGAGCAGCACGGCGUCUCCCAGCACCGACAGUCCCUGCUCCACCCUCAACAGCACAACCAGUCGCCCGCCGCUGAGCCGCUCCAGCCCCUGUGGAACCAUCACCAGCCCCAGCUCCACACUGGAGAGCAAAGACAGCGGAAUCAUAGCCACCAUCACCAGCUCUUCAGAGAACGAUGACCGCAGCGGCUCCAGCCUUGAAUGGAGUAAAGACGGCAGCCUGAGGGGAAACGGGCGCCAUGGCCUGGCGCAGUGUGUGCGGGCGGAUACAUGCUCCCCCGUGGUGGAGGAGGACUCCAGCAGCGCUGCGGGCGCGGACCACCAGCUGCAGAAGAUGUCGACAGGAUUAACAGGACCAACGCAGGCUCAGAGUCACACACCUGAGGGAUCCGGUCCGUACCUACCGCAGACGACGUCGUCCCUCAUGAUGCCACGACCAAACUCUGUGGCGGCAACCAGUUCCACAAAGUUAGAAGACUUGAGCUAUCUGGAUGAACAGCGCAACACUCCCCUGAGGACAUCCAUCCGUCUGCCCUGGCACAACACAGGAGGACGCCCACCUCACGACUCCAAAGCCCGCUUUUCUCCCUACAAACCGGCGGACAUCAUGCUCAAGCCUUUGCUGUUCGAGGUGCCCAGCAUCACCACUGACUCUGUGUUCGUCGGCCGAGAUUGGCUCUUUCAGCAGCUGGAAGACGUCCUAAAGGCCACUGAAUCGAACGGCAACCAGGGCGCUGUCAUUUUGGGCAGUGUGGGUCAUGGCAAGACAGCCGUUAUUUCCCGGCUCGUUGCACUGAGCUGCCACGGAGGACGCAUGCGCCAGAUUGCUUCCAAUAGUCCGAGCGCGUCCCCGAAAGCCCAAAGCACAGAGCUUCUCCUCAGCCAGCCGGCUCAGGCCACGCCCCCUUCCAGUGCAGCAAACACACUGAGGACCAGCAACUGCCCAGGAACCCCCGAGGUGCAGCGGCGUCGAGAGGAGCCUGUGAAACGCCUGGCUUCAAAGGUGGUUGCAUAUCAUUAUUGUCAGGCGGAUAACACAUACACCUGUCUAGUGCCAGAAUUUGUGCACAGCAUCGCUGCACUGCUGUGCAGAGCUCAUCAGCUCGGAGCGUAUAGAGAGCUUCUGCUGAAGGAGCCACACCUACAGAGCAUGCUCAGUCUGCGCUCAUGUGUCCAAGACCCCAUGGCUGCCUUUCGAAGAGGAAUUUUGGAACCACUAGUAAACCUUCGUAAAGAAAGGAGAAUUUCAGAAGAAGACCACAUCAUCUUGAUAGAUGGACUCAAUGAAGCGGAGUUCCACAAGCCUGACUACGGGGACACCAUUGCUUCCUUCAUCGCCAAAAUCAUAACCAAAUUCCCAUCCUGGCUCAAGCUGGUGGUGACUGUCCGAGCCAACCUGUUGGAGAUUACCAGCCUCCUGCCCUUCGCCAAGAUCUCCCUGGAUGAGUUUUCUGACAACAAAGAGAUACCCAAUGACCUUAACGCAUAUAUCCAAUACCGCAUCAAUGGCAGCAAGGAUAUUAUGAACAAUAUUAGCCUUAAUGGCAAAGCCGAUUCUGCGAGCGUGAGCCGGCUCAGCAGCCACUUGAUCUCACGCAGCCAGGGCUCCUACCUGUACCUCAAACUCACUCUGGAUCUGUUCGAGAGAGGCCACCUGGUGAUCAAAAGUGCCAGCUACAAAGUCGUGCCUGUCUCAUUGACUGAGCUGUACCAGUUACAGUGCAACAUGAAGUUCAUGACCAAUUCGGCCUUCGAGCGCACCCUGCCUAUCCUCAACGUGGCCCUGGCUUCCUUGCACCCGCUGACGGACGAGCAGCUGUUUCAGGCCAUCAACGCCGGCUCCGUCCGCGGAGAACUGCAGUGGGAGGACUUUCAGCAGCGCCUGGACCUGCUCUCGUCCUUCCUCAUCAAAAGGCGGGACAAGACGCGCAUGUUUUGCCACCCCUCCUUCAGAGAGUGGCUGGUGUGGAGAGCCGAUGGAGAGAGUACAGACUUCCUCUGCGACCCCAGGACUGGUCAUGCUUUUAUGGCCUUCAUGUUAUCCCGGCAAGAGGGGAAGCUGAAUCGCCAGCAGACGAUGGAGCUAGGACACCACAUCCUCAAGGCGCAUAUCUUUAAGGGUCUGAGUAAGAAAACGGGCGUCUCGUCCAGCGUGCUUCAGGCGCUGUGGAUCAGCUGCAGUACUGACGGCCUCUCUGCAGCCUUGGCAUCCCUGAGGAACCUCUACACACCUAACGUGAAGGUGAGUCGUCUCCUGAUGCUGGGAGGAGCUAACGUGAAUUACCGCACGGAAGUCCUGAACAACGCGCCGAUCCUGUGCAUCCAAUGCCACCUCGGCCACCUGGAGAUGGCCUCAUUGCUUUUGGAGUUCGGCGCCAGUCUGGACGUCGUGUCUGAAAACGGCAUGAGUCCCCUCUGCUUCUCAGCUGCUGCAGGACACACUGGACUUGUUAUGCUGCUCUGUAAGAGGGGAGCCAAGGUGGAUCACGUAGAUAAGAGCGGGCAGUGUGCUCUGGUUCACGCUGCUUUACGAGGACACACUGAGAUAAUCCAGUACCUGCUCGAGCUGGAAUGGAUCGCUGAGGGGCUGCAGCAGGACUGCUCUCUGAAGAACAAAGCUCUGCAGCAGGCUUUGAUCGCAGCCUCAAGCAUGGGACACACACAGGUUGUGAGGAGCUUGCUGGUGUUGAAAAAUGAGCACGCUGUGCAAAUUGAUAGUCAUGACACUCUGUGGGGAGAGACAGCUCUGACGGCUGCAGCUGGCCGAGGAAAGAUGGAGGUCUGCAGCUUCCUCCUGGAUCAGGGGGCGCUGGUGCAGCAGGUGAAUCGGCGCGGGGUUUCUUCCCUGUUCUGUGCCGUCAGACAGGGACACUGGCAGAUCGCCGAGCUCCUGCUGCAGCACGGCGCCGACAUCAACAUCAGCGACAAACAGGGCAGGACCCUCCUCAUGGUGGCGGCCUGCGAGGGUCAUCUGAGCACCGUCGAGUUCCUGCUGUCUAAAGGGGCUUCGUUGACUCAGAUGGACAAGGAGGGUCUGAUGCCCCUCAGCUGGGCCUGUUUGAAAGGGCAUAAGGACGUGGUGCAGUUUUUGGUGGAGAAAGGUGCCAUCAUCGACCACACGGAUAAAAACGGACGAACUCCGCUGGAUUUAGCUGCUUUUUAUGGAGAUGCAGAGAUUGUCCAGUAUCUGGUGGAAAAGGGAGCAGUGAUAGAGCAUGUGGAUCACAGUGGGAUGAGGCCUCUGGACCGGGCCAUUGGUUGCAGGAAUACAUCUGUGGUGGUGACUCUGUUAAAGAAAGGGGCCAAGCUGGGCUACAGAACGUCUCCUUACGAUCGAUCAGGAAACGCUUCCUGGGCCAUGGCCACCUCCAAGCCUGAUAUCCUCAUCAUCCUCCUUCAGAAGCUCAUGGAGGAGGGCAACCUGCUUUACAAGAAAGGGAAGAUGAAAGACGCGGCGCAGAGGUACCAGUACGCCCUGAGGAAGUUUCCUCGAGAAGGCUUCGGAGAUGACCUGAAGCCAUUUAAAGACCUGAGGGUCUCUCUGUACCUCAGUCUGUCCCGGUGUCGCAGAAAAACCAACGAUUUCGGGAUGGCUGAAGAGUUUGCAACAAAAGCACUGGAGUUGAAGCCCAAAUCCUACGAGGCCUACUACGCCCGCGCCAGAGCGAAGAGGAGCAGCAGACAGUUCACGGCGGCGCUCGCCGACCUCCACGAAGCAGCCAAGCUGUGUCCCAACAACCGGGAGAUCCGUCGCCUGCUGGCCCGAGUGGAGGAUGAGUGUAAACAGAUGCAGAGGAGUCAGGCCAAAGGAGGCGUCGCCGGAGCCGCCGCUGCCUGCAGCCAGGCGUCAAGAGGACAGGAGUCUGACCCGGAGCACGAAGACGGCCAGGAGGAACCCUCAGAGCACAGCCUAGCCAGGAGUGUGGAGGCCCAAAGAGAGAUCCUGGAGGAGGAGGAGGAGGACGACGAGGAAGAGGAGGGGGUGUCCUUGAAACAUGACAGAACAGGUGAAGCCUGCUGGACCCACAACAAUUAUUCCUUCAACAGAGUCUUACCGUCCGACCCCCCAGCUGCCAGCAGCUGCCCCGGACAUCAGAACCAGACUCCCAGCUCCCCCCCAGGCCCCGGCCGGCUGCCGCCUCACCGCUACCCCCGAGAGCACCGGGAGCCCCUGGCUCAGCAGGCGCUGGUCAUGCAGCCCACCAAGCAGGCUCAGAUCGUCAAAACCAACCAGCACAUGGGCGCUGUGGGGGGGCGCUCCACGGGGGCUAAAUCUCAGUAUGCUCCGUCCAGCCCUCUACCCAGCCGCCACAUGUCCAGCAUGCUGAAGCCAGGGCCGGGAAUCGACAUCAGCCCGCUGCCGACACCAGCUGAAGAGCCCGUGUACGGGAACCGGGCGCUGCCAGCCGCUGCCUCCCCCUGCGACAACGACAACCUGCUUUCGCCACAAACGUCCUACAAUGGCUCCAAAGCUCUGGGGCAGGACCGGCUGUCGGUCCAUUCCGCGUCCUCUCUGGACGGGUCGGCCAUCUCUGGACACACGGGGAACCACUCUGACCCCGGGAAGGAGGGCAUGUGUCCGGCGGCGGCGGCAUCUCAGGGAGGAAGCCUCAGCUGCAUGCGAGUGUCCAGCUCCACCAGCAGCUUAGCCUCCAGCAGCAGCUUGUCUGACAGCGGCAAGCUCGGACCCGACGUCCGCUCCAAGAUCUCCGACAAACCCAAACUCAGCCAGCAGGCCGGUUCUGCGGCAGAGUACAAACCCAGACCUUUCAUGGGAAUAACCGACAAGACUGCACGCUUUCAGCAGCAGCAGCAGGUCCAGCAGCACCACCACAGCCUGCAGAGCCACCCGAGUCUGCAGUCCACCGGUCGCAGCUGGCUGAGCCGCUCCUGCGACGGCCCGGUGUGUCAGAACAUGUCCGCCGUGAGCCUGCAGCCGGCCGACUGCGAGUUCCCUUACAGCAGAGCGGGCGGCGUCUACCAGGAGCAGCACAAACACCCGCCGGUUCAGAGCGCCAUGACUCUGAGCGGCUUACAGAACGGCAUGCACGCCAAGGAAUUUGCAGAGAAGUUCUGCCAAGCGGCAAACUGUUUCAAAGAGUCCAAGCCGCCGCUGGCUGUGCCGCAUCCCAAGCAGCACGGGUUGGCCCGAGAUAAUCCCGCCAUUCACGUAGCUUCAAUGAAACCAAAGCGAUCAUUCAUAGAGUCGAAUGUGUAAACCCGUCUGUCCGUAACGCACGCUCACCGGCAAAACCACAAGUGGGACGGCGUCCGUCUUUAUUCUGUAACGAAACGACGAUGCACCUAAAGUUCCCGACCCGUCGCUUCAAGCUUCUGUUACAUGAAGACCACCGGCAUGCAGCCGAGCCGGAGCCAGUGCACUGAUAUGUGGACGCGUGCUCCACAGCAACACUUUACACAGGCAGGCGGAGCCAGUGCUGCAGCCGUUCCAGCUCCACCGCUCUGAUCCUUCACUCUUUGCUCAUGGGGAGUUCUUCACUUUAAUUCAAGCUAGUUCAGCUAAUAAAACCUCUUUUUUAAAAAAGAUUCUUUCAUCUUAUUUAGCAGACGUGGGGCCAUAUUUGCAUUUAAAACAGUCGUAUUUAUGCACAAAGCAGGAAAAUUAAAAGUUUAAGUAAAGGUGCUAUGUACCGAGCUGCAGCUCUAAAGGUGCUGGAAGACCCUCCAAUUCAAAAAAAGGAGGUCUUUCUCUGGGACCAGAUGACUAAUUCCUGGGGUUUUGGAGCAGUUUAGAAAAACUGGGUGCAAUCAAACUUUUAGCUUAUAAAGCGAAAUACUAAUCAUUUUGAAGAUACUUAUUAAAGAAAAGUUUUCCUGAAGUGGCGGCACAAACAAAAACCAUCUGAACACCAUCAUGCGCAAAAAGUGAAGGAGUAUUCAGCGACGCGACUGUACGGAACGGGCAUUCCCUCGUUUUAGGAAGGAUGUAAAAAUCCUCACGUUGUGUAAAAUAUAUAAAUAUGUUCCGUUUCUUUUCAGUGAAGGUCUAUGUUUUGUGUAUUGGCAAGUUCAGACGUGUGAAUUUUGAGUUUUCGGCACAAUGUUGUUGAAAAUGGUGUUUGUUAAAUAUAUAUUUGUACAUUAUCUGAAUCACCAUUAACACUGAAUUCCUUUGUGUAUCUGCUUGUUGUUGCCGUCUAGUUUAAUUUAUUUACAGCGCCAAUGGCUUUGGUUAAUUGUUAAAGCAAUAUAUUUUAUAUAGUUAUUUUUGCACAGCUACUAAGACAUUUUAUGAUUCUCAUUAUUGUUGAGAGCUCAGUGCAUGCUUCAAUUGCAGUUUAUAUUGCGAAAUACAAAAAGAUAUAUAUCCAUCUAUAAAAAUGAGAGAUGGUUGGGGGCAGAGCGCCGCCGGCGUCAUUUUAUGAUGUAUUUUAAACGCAAUUGUUGCCAUGUUUUCAGUAUUGUGAGCUUUAUUAGCCGUGAUCACAUACUGUAAUUGAACAUUACUGCCAUAGACACCAUGGGAGACUGAAUAAAGGCCCACUGAGGAAAAUAUU